AUGAUCAAGUCAUUACUUUUCAGAUUACCGAGUUGGCUACGUGAAGGUAUCAUCGUUUGUCCAGCAUGUGAUGAGUUCUGCUCACAAUGCAAGGAGCAUGAGAAAACGGACAACUACAUCGGAGAUCCCGAUCUGGAUGUGCCGUGCAGCAGCUGUGAAUCAUUGAUAUGGGUCUCAAUUGUUAUUGUUCUCUUCAAAACUGUGCUCGGGCUGUUAUCACCCAUGGCCUACUCAGAUCUAACGCGCGCUCAGUAA